CAAAUCAAAGUUUGACGGCCCUGUCAACCAGACCGUACUCGCGCAUCUCGACGGGUAGAUUCGACGCUUUCAUGUUCACGUCUUACGUCUGCCGAUGCUGAAAAUGAAAUGACACUACUUUUCACAAUAGAAGCAACCCAUUCAGUACUUUCAAACAGCUCUAGAUCGGUCGGAAAUGUCGAAAUCCCGUUCAGACGAAUUCGUUCGAACGGGAUUUUGCUAUCUAGCGUGCUUGGAGACGUCAAGAAACGCAAGGUAAGAUUCUGUUGUCCUUGUCGACCAGACCAAAGUUCAACGUCUCAACCGAAGACGAAAAACAUAAAAAUCCCAUUGGGACGAAAGAUUCUUCCCAGUCUUGUUCGAAUGAAAGAAUCCCAGUUUGCAACAACUGCAAAACAAAGCAAAGAUGGACUGGUUGCCUUGGGCUUUUCUGCAUUUACUAUAGAAGACUUCCAUGAGAUUUUUAUGGAUGUUGUGGCAUGUGUGGAAAGCGCUUCUGAUGCUUCAGAUCUUCUUAAUAAAUAUUGUGACCAGUCAACAUCAGACUAUGUCGUUGUCUAUUUGAGAUUAUUGACGUCCGGGAAACUACAAGAAAAAGCUGACUUCUAUAUGCAUUUUAUUGAUGGAGGACUGUCAGUGAGAGACUUUUGCAAUCAGGAAGUAGAGCCAAUGGCAAAGGAGAGUGAUCACAUUCAUAUCAUUGCUCUCUCUGAAGCGUUGGGUAUUCAUGUUCGUGUAGAAUACAUGGAUCGUGGAGAUGGUGGAACAGUCAAUUACCAUGACUUUCCAGAAGACGGUUCACCACCACACGUCUGUUUGCUGUACAGACCAGGACAUUACGACAUUCUGGUUGUGCAUCGUUACUAUGUGAAAGGCAAGACAGCUAGCUCAAGCAGAUGGCUGGAACGCCAACAUAAGGAUAGGUAUGUAAGGCUUGCGUCGCAAGACAACUACAGAAGUCGAAGUGCUUACAAACUCAUCCAAAUUGAAGAUAAGUUUUGCUUCUUGAAGAAAAACUCUGUUAUUGUUGAUCUUGGUGCAGCACCCGGAGCGUGGUCGCAAGUUGUAUCUGAGAGAGUCAAUUUGGAUGAUGCAGCAGAGUCAUCCAGAAUCAUUGCUGUGGAUGUGAAAGGUCUGGUGAUUUCUAGGGAUUGGAACAUUAAGCCAAUCCCUGGUGUCACAAUUGUGUCAAAUGCUGAUGUUCUGCAAGCAGAAACGUUAACUAAAACCAUGGCUGCAAUGGCUCCUUUUGUGCAAGCUGAUGUCAUUCUGAGUGACAUGGCACCAUCUGCGUCAGGAAACCAUUCAUUUGAUCAUUACAGGAUCAUGGAGCUUGCAAGGGCUGCAUUGGGCAUCAGUCUGUCUUUGCUGCCGUCUAACGCUGGCGUCUUUUUGUGCAAGAUCCUGGAAGGAAGAGAAAAGAAAGAGUUUACAGCGCAGUUGAAAAGACACUUUGAAGUUGUCAGAGAGUUUCGACCGCCAGCAUGCAGGCAGAACUCACUGUUGAAAUCACUGAACUGGUCACUUGUCGUCGGGGCGGUCCGAACUAUGGUGGCGGCUUAUCUCGUCAAGACUGCGUUCUUUAUUGUGCUGGCGUUGAGCGACGCUGUCGGCGUGGAUCUCCUGAAUUUGGACACUUGUCCGACGUCUUGUAAAGAAUGGGUGAAUGGCAUAGCUCCAUAUUUGAAGGGGCAGAAGGGCGAUGUUGGACGACCGGGAAAUCCUGGAAUUCCUGGUGAACAAGGCGCUGGAGGCCCACCUGGAAGAGCAGGAUCUCCAGGAGAUCCAGGCAUUUCUGGAAAUGAUGGCCAUCCAGGGUUUCCUGGCCAACCAGGGCGGGCAGGCUUACCAGGGAGUCGUGGAGACAUGGGACGAAGAGGGCCUACAGGAGAGAAAGGACAGAAAGGAAAGACUGGAGAUAUUUUUCUCGAGUUUCCCACUUGUCGUCAUGAUCAAUAUCUCUCGUAUGAUGGAAAUGCAAUUGAAUGCAUACCAAUAACUGAUUAUUUACCGGCACAACACCAGAGUAAGUGUGACUGCAAAUGUGACUGUCUCAGCAAGGAAGAAAUUGCAUUUGUACGUCGUUUGAUGGCACAAGAAAAGGGGAAACCAGAUGAAAAGGGCACGGUAUCAUUUCCACCUACAAAACCUACAUACUCGAGAAACGGCAGGGGCUCAGCAAAACCAGUUCUUUCUGGAAGAUCGAAAGCAUCUGCUAGUGCAAGUUUUGUUAGUGGCACAAUUGCAAGCAGAAUUGGAACAAAUGAAGUUGUUUCAGCAACAGAACCAGGCUACGUUAGCAAAGUGAAGGAAGAAACGCCCGACCCUUAUACUCCAUCUUGUCCACAUCUUUACGCUCCAACAAGUGGUGCUCUGAUUUGUCUGGAGAUGAUGAAAAAGGGCUACUUGAUUGUAUGUGAUGUCUUGUGUGAGGCUCCAUCUCAUGUUUUUAGUGAAGUGCCAUCAAACCCGUACUUCUGUGGUGCCAACACACACUAUUCAUGGUACAGCGACUGGAGUUCUCCAAAAUUAGCUCUUCGAGUUCCAGUUUGUCAAGCUUCUACAUCGCAAACAAGUAGGUUGAUAGUGUCGCCAGACUACUAUUAUAGAAAGAGCUGUAGCAGCUAUAAACGAAGAGACAUCUCUUCAAUGGCAUCAGACUUUCAUUGGCGUCUUCUCCAGAUUGGCCUGUGUGACAAGAGUCGUUCUUGCAACAUUAGUAAAGUACAACUGAUUUGUUCAACACAGUACGGAGAAAGGGAUGCGAUAGGAGCUGCGUCGAUCUCAGAAGUGCUCUCGCACCUUCCAGAAUUCCUCGUAUCUCUGCAAAAGUAUACAACAAACAUUCCGUUGGCAACUAGACUGUUUGGUGCCGUCUUAUUUGCAGACAUUUCUGGAUUUACUACACUUUGUGAGAGUUACACAAAGCCAGAUGAGAAAGGCUUAUGUGCAACUGACCAGCUGACAAAAUGCCUCAAUGGUUAUCUUGGAUGUAUCAUUGAAUGCAUACUGGAGGGAGGAGGAGAUGUGCUGAAGUUUGCUGGAGAUGCUUUGUUGGCUCUGUGGCCAUGCCAGAAGACACAGUUUAGUUUGGUUGUGCCAUCUGUCUUGCAGACAAGUCUUGAUAUUCAAGCAAAGUGUCAUGAUUAUAAGAUAGACAAGGGAAUAAAACUACAGUUGAAGAUUGGUCUUGCUGCUGGAGCAAUGGAUGCAUUUGUUGUUGGUGGCAGUGAAGCUAAACAAUUUGCUUUGACGGGACAGGCAAUCAAUGAUGUCAAUUAUGCACAGAACCUUGCUGUGUCUGGAAGUGUUAUACUUUCUCCACUUGCUCAAGAGGCUUGCAGGAACCAUAAGUGUCAGGGAAGAACUCUUAAAAGUGGAUACAUGCAGGUCAACAGAUUUUGGAAACAGACUGCCAAAGUCCCAACUGAAGAAUCAAGUCUAAGCUCCUUUGCUUCAAAAAAUUUACCUACAUUGUUGUUUGAGCCUAAAUCUAGUUCUUCAAACCACACAACUGAAUUGCCACUAGUAACGCCAGUGUUUCUGUCAACAAUUCAAGUGCGACCAGUAGCAAGCCAAGCUAAACAUUUGACUCUGGAGGAGCAAGAGACAUUGAAAACAUAUCUCCCUAAGGCAGUCUUGAGUAAGAUGGAUGGUGGUCAGUCACUUGAGUGGAUGUCAGAGAUGCGGAUAGUCAGCAUUUUAUUUAUCAACUUUGAUCUUGACAAGAGAAAAGAUCCACAGAUUGCUUUGGAAGAUUUGCAGUUGGUCUUCACUGUCAUUUACAAAAACGUGACAUGGCUGAAUGGUUCAGUGAAUAAGAUGUUUAUGUUUGACAAAGGGUGCACAUUUCUUGCUAUAUUUGGUUUGCCAGGAGAAAAGCAUGAAAAUGGCCCAGCACGAGCUUUACGUGCUGCUCGACAAAUAUUUAUUCAUCUGCAAGAAAGACAGCUAGGUUGUAGUAUAGGUGUAACCACAGGAAGAACUUUCUGUGGUGUUGUUGGACAUCCUAAGCGACAAGAAUUUACAGUGAUUGGUAGAAGUGUCAAUAUGGGCGCACGUCUCAUGAUGGCAUUUCAUGGUUGUGUGACAUGUGAUGAGUCAACCAUGAAGUACUCUGGAAUCAACAGUAAAACUUUCACGUGUGUCGUACCUGACACGCCGUUGAAGGGAAUAGAAUAUUCUGAACUUCUCUAUUUAUACAACACAGAAAUUUACCAUGACCAUUUCUUCUCGUCUCUGGCCACUGCUGCAGAAAACAACGAAGCAAGAGCUCAGCAGGCUACUAUUACUCUAGUUGGUCGUCGACAGGAAAUGAAACGUUUUGAGUUGGUGUUGAAUAAACUAACUAAAUAUCAUGAAGAAGAGUGGUGUGAUCCUACCUGCGUUGUUGUUGAAGGACCUCUAGGAAUGGGAAAGACUCAUCUCUUGGAAGUUUUUAAGACAGAGGCUUGGCGAAAACAGUUUCGGGUUGUGUGUGGCCAUGCUAGUCAAGAAGAGCAGCAUACUCCACUAUACGCCGUUAAAACACUUGUCGCUCGUCUUCUUGAGCUUGACCGGUGCCAUUCGUCUACCGAGCGGGAAGAAUUGAUCAUUUCUAAAGUACCAGAGGCACUUAAACCGGACUUGCCUUUACUCAACGAGCUUCUAAACAUCAACUUACCGCAUUCUUCAAGAACGCAACAUAUAACGUCUGAGAAACAUACGCAGAUGCUCCACUUAUUGCUCUUCAACAUUGUCCAUCAUGUUGCUCUUGCUCAGCCAUGUGUCUUUUUUGUGGAUAAUGCUCAGUGGGUUGAUGCCGAGUCAUGGACAUUUCUUUAUGACGUUUCCUGUGAUGGAAGUGCUCUCUUGGUGCUUGCUAUGCGUCCGUUUGCUCAAUCUGUGAUUGCACCGGUUGCAGCUGAAAAGAUAAUUCACCAUCCACACACAAUUCAAAUGAAGUUGGGCCGUUUAGACCAAAUGGAGAUGACGGAACUGGCACGUUUAGCAUUAGGCGUGUCUAGCAUUCCAGUAGAAUUGGAGCGAUUGACUGCACGAUGUCACGGUGUUCCUCUCUUUUGCGAAGAGCUGAUGAACAGCAUGCUACGUCGUCGACAGAUCAGCAUUGUUUCUGAAGACGAAAUUCACAAUCGAUUGGAUGGGCGGCGACCGUCAGGACCUGCUCGAUCAUCGCGAGGAAUUUUCGGAAAACCUUCUCUUCAUUCAUUUUCGGAAAAGAGUAAUAGUAAUAAUGUGGUCACGGCAAAGAAAAUGUGCGUAAUAUUACUGGAAGUCGAUAUAGACCGAGUGUCUGUUCCAAGCUCUGUGAAAGAGUUGGUGCUUUCGAGGAUUGACCGUCAGUCGCACCAGAAUCGUCUGGUGAUGAAAUGCGCCGCAGUACUCGGAGUCGUAUUUACAAGGACGAUGCUUGCUGGAAUCAUUCCUCGAAAGUGUUCGCAAGGCCUUUCCAAAUCAAUCAACCAGUUGGUCAAAUCGGCAAUAUUUGAGUGUGCCGUAGCUGCGGCAGCUAAGAAAGUCGCCGCUGGCGUGUUGCAAGACGACGAUUACGAUCUGUAUUGCCACUGCAUGGCAGCAGAGAAAGAUGACGAUCAUGUCAUGUGCAAAACGUUUCGUUUUACGCACACAUAUCUGCAAGAAACGGCUCACAGCUUGAUGUUGACAGACCAAAGGAAACAUUUGCACCAGAAAGCUGCAGAGUUACUCGAAGCUCAAGCUCACAAGUGUCGCCACUGUGGCGGUGGAGAUUUUAUGGAAGGGUCGGAAGAACAUCAUCACGCCAUUCAAGCUCAAAAAGUUUUUGUUCGUCAGUUGGAUUUGAUCGCUGCAUCGCGAAAUGUCGUUCGGCAAAGAGCGUUCAUCGGUCAGGUGGGAGACAAGCGAGUUAAGAAACGUCGUCGAAGGUUGUCGACCGACAAUUCUUUCUAUUCAACGGUUUUUGCUUUCAAUCGAUCUGCUUCCGUAGAGUCUUUGUGUUCGAAUGAUCUUUGGCAGGAGGAUGAAGAAUUGAUGAAACGGAGAGAAAACGUGAAAUCAUCAUCGAAAGAGAAGAGUCGUGAGUCAUCGGACAGAACGGAUUUAGAUCAUUUUCAUGAAGUCGAUAUGGCUCAUUGUGAAUGUGCCGAAGUGCUGUCUCAUGUCUAUCCACAACUUGUGAGACACUACGAGGCUGCCGGUAUGACGCAGAAGAGGCUCUUGUAUACGAUAGAAGCGGGAGCGGCUGCAGUCGAAACUUACGCAAAUUUAGAUGCCGUCAUUCAUCUCAAACGUGCACAGAUGAUGAUAGAAGAAGGCUCGCAAGUUUCGAACGAGGAAAGAGCUCGCAUUCGGGCUCUUUUGGGUCGAGCUCUUUUUCAAAUGGGACACACCGAAGAGUGCAUGCCACACUUUUACGGCGCUCUCAGAAUAUUGAACAGACGGCAACCAAGUCGCUGUCGUGCUGCUAUGGUAUGGAGAACGGUAGUCGAAGGUGUGAGACAAGCACUGCAUAUCUACUUUCCCCACCACUUUCUGAGACGUUUCAGUGAUGAGAAGUCACAGCUUUUGUUAGAACAAGCGCGCUGUUUAGUGCAUCUGACACACGUUCACCAUCUUCAUCGUGACAAUCUAGGAACGAUGAUGGCGGCCUUACAACAACUAAACGCAGCAGAAAGUGCACAGGAAGACAUACACCAGCUGCUUGAAGCUUACUCGGUCAUGAUCGAAUGUUGUCUACAAUUUGGGCUGCGACGAUUGGCAAGAAAAUACGAGAAGACGGCUCGAGCUCUCUGCAGUGGCGUGCAACUCACUGCUAAAGAUUUGCUUUCGGUCGCUCAUUUUCAGUCUGUUGCCCUCAACCUGCACCUGGCACACGGCGACAUGAUUGAAGCAAUCGAUGCAGGAAAUAUUGCGCUGGAAAUCGCCGCAGUAUUACACGAUUUGAAGAUUCCGAUUAAAGUACUACCAUUAUACUUUGGCGCCGCAUCAGCAAACGAAAACACCAAAGAGGUCGACUCGACUCUUAUACAACUGCGUGACUUUUGGAUUGAAGAAAACGAGAAGGUAGCCGGCGCUUGGUACUUUGCUUGCUGCUUGGAGAUGCUGAUCACUAGAGGUUCGUCAUACGAGACGGUGGAAUCUUGUAUUGAUUUUGCGACCGAGUUUUGCAAUGAUGUUUUGGCUGUCGAUGCCGCUCCAGAUGCUGCCUUUUAUUUGUCAUCACUCAUAGCGUUAUGGUAUGCUCAACAAAUGGAUUGGAACGGUUCUACAUUUUGGCUGAAUCUUUGCAAUGAUCUACGGCCAGAGACUAAUGAGGCAUUCGUUAGCUCAAAGGCCCUUUGUAACGUGAUCAGAACUCACAUAUUAGGUGUGCGGUGCAGUCUGGCCAAUGACUGGGUUUUGCAGUGUGCCACUCGUGAUUUGAAAAGACUGCAGCGAAUUUGCAAGCAAAUGCCCGUAUUCAAGUCACAAACACUAGAACUGAAGAGUUUGCUGAAGAAAGCGACAACGACGCAACAACGACGCAAACAGUGCUCUUGCUUUACAAAACAGACAACACACAGUGACGAAAUAUGUAAAUGAUGCUUUUAAUUGACAUAGAAGUGAAUAAAUGACACCAAGUGUUAAGGA